GACUUCAUAGAAGUCUGGAGUGUACAUAACAAGGGACACAGUAUCUGCGGCAGCGGCGAAAGACAAGCAACCAUGGCGACAGAACUGGAAGAACUAGUGGGCUUUCUAUCUUCUCCAUCUCCAAAUUUGAAAAAGGCUGCUGUUGAUAUUGUUCAUGGAUUAACCGGGUCUGAAGAUGGCUUGAAGUCGCUUGCCAAUCAUGCAGACAUUCUCCUGCCGCCAUUAUCUCGGCUCUUAGGUGGAAACAAGGAGGUCUCAGAACCUGCAGCAGUAGCUCUUGUUAAUCUUUCCCAAAGGUCGGCUGUAGCAGCAAAGAUGGUUGACAUGGGAUUGAUUAACCUGGCUAUGGACCUUUUAUUUAAGUCAGAGCCUAAUAUUAGCCGGCUGUUGGUGAUGCUUUUAGUUAAUCUCACACAAUUUGAAAGUGGUACCGCUUCCAUACUCCAGUCCGGAGAUGAGAAAAUGCAAGGGCUCUAUGUUAUGAAGCUUGUGAGAUCAUUCUGUAGAUCCACCUCUGGUGAAGAUACCGAAGAUCCAUUUGAACAUGUUGGGUCUAUACUUGUGAACAUCUCAAAGAAAGAAGCAGGCAGGAAACUUUUACUGGACCCUAAGCGUGGCCUUCUGAAGCAGAUUAUUAGACAGUAUGACUCUUCUAGCCCGUUGAGAAGGAAAGGGGUCUCUGGAACUAUUCGUAACUGUUGUUUUGAAGCUGAUAGCGAGCUUCAGAAUUUGCUUUUGAUUUCAGAGUUUCUCUGGCCAGCUUUGCUUCUGCCUGUUGCUGGUAACAAGAUUUACAGUCAGCAAGAUAGAUCGAAAAUGCCACUUGAGGUUAGUAGUGCUCUUUCAAUUGAGCGUGAGCCAGUUGAUGAUCCUGAAAUUCGUGCUGAAGCCCUGGAGGCAAUAUACAUGAUCACAUUACAGGAGGCAGGUCUAAGAGCCUUUUGGUCUGUCAAUGGACCAAGAAUAAUACAAGUAGGUUACGAAGACGAGGAAGAUCCUAAAGUAAUGGAAGCAUAUGAGCAACUUGGCUCCUUGUUGAUCAAUAGCAGCGGGACAGAAGAACCAGCAAUUGAGACAUCGAAUUAGCAGCACAGAAGCUUCAAUUUUGAUCCACUGUACCUGCCGCAGGUUCUCAGUGAUGGCAUUCCAACUCAAACCAAUGUCUUUAAACAUCUUCAAUAUGGCCUGACGGCGUGACCUUCCUCCCUGUCCGAACAGUUGCUCAGCAGAAGCAUUGCGAAUUAUGCAUUGAAAUUCAAUAGUUAUGUUCGGAGGAAAAGAAACAGCGUCGUUUUCACAUUGAAAGUAGAUCAGCCUUGCGCUUUGUAUGAAUCCUUAAAAGUUACUAUGUUAGGUUACCAUGAACACUGAAAUUUACUUCUAUCGAAUCGUCGAACUCUUUCACCAU